GGUUUGAUCAAAUUAAAGUCUGUAAUUGUCCCUGCACUGAAAAAACACAGUGCUUCUUUGAUAUUCCUGCAUGGAUCUGGAGAUUCUGGAAAUGGAGUGAAAGAAUGGUUGGAUUCCUUGCUCAAUCGGGAAUUCGCAUUCCAACACAUCAAAUUAAUCUUUCCAACAGCUCCUGAAAGGUUAUUUUACACUCCAUUUCAAGAAACAAUGAGGGUGUGGUUUGAUAGGGAAAAGAUUUCCCCAUUAGGAAAAGAAAAUUAUGACUUGAUAGAUUCCAUGGCCUGUAACAUUAAAGAUAUCAUUCAGGAAGAAAUUGACUCAGGAAUAUCAAUCAAUAGAAUUAUAAUUGGUGGUGGUUUUUCUAUGGGUGGGGCAAUGGCAUUUCAUGUUGGCUAUCGUUUCUGCCAAGAUUUAGCUGGGGUCUUUUCAAUAUCUGCAUUUUUAAAUGAUGAUUCUGAAGUUUAUAAAGCAGUCAAAACUUCAAGUAAAAGGAUGCCACCUCUGUAUCAAGCACAUGGUUCCAAAGAUGAAUUAGUUUUGCUACUGUGGGGUAAGAACACUAAUGCAGAACUUUCGAAGUUGGGUGUGGACACAAAAAUGAAUGUAUACCAAAAUCUAGCUCAUCAGAUGAAUAGAAAAGAAAUUCAAGACCUUUCAGAAUGGAUUUAUAAUGUUAUACCCCCUGAAUAA